GUGGAGAUAGUUGUAUCUUUGUCUGGAAGCUGCCAGCUCUUCUAUCCAAAACAAUGCAGAAGAGAGUUCUUAUGAAUUUUGAUUCUUGCGCAUAUUCCAAUCUAUCUUUAAAGGAAUCACAACCUAAAGAUGCUUCGGGCCAAGAUGGGCUUUGUUGCCCACUUAAUGGAGAAAUUGCAGAUCAAGAUAAGUUUUGUUGUCAACAAAAAAGAGACAUCCAAGAUCAGGCUAAUUAUGAAUACAUUGAAACUAAUCCUAAUACUAAUUCACAAGUUUGGUAUACACCUCGAGAUGUAGGAUCACUGGAACAUUCGCUAUUUAAAUUCAGUAUAGCAAGGCUUCCAAAGUGGGCACGGACAAAACUAAUGGAUGAUAAUCUCACAGUCACCAGAAAUAAUGAGGAGAAUAUGGACACAAAUAUAUUCUGUCCUCGUCAAUCCAGAUGGGCUGAGCGUUUGGGACCUGAUGGCUACCGUUUAUUUACUGAAAAUGAAGAAUAUAAAACACCCCCUGCUACAAUACGUCCCUAUGAUUGUGGCCAUCGUCGGUGUUUCACAACGCAGGAGCAACCUACCUGCUCUGAGAGAACACCUGAAAGCUCCUUUGGUUCUCACAAUGAUAAGAGUUCUGCAAGUUCUAAGGGCCAACAAAGUGUCAAUAAGGAUACGCAUUGGCGAACUGUUCAUACGGUCCUCUAUGAUGAAAUUGACAUUUUGGAAGAGAAUAGCUCUGAAUGUAAUGGACCACCUCUUUCUGCUGCAAACUUUGAAAAGUUUAAAGAGAGAGCUCACAUAAAUGUAAAUAGUCAUCCUCGAGCAGUAAACUCUAUUGCUGAUCUUUUGACUUCAGAAAUGGAAGAAACCAUUUCCAGUGGAAAUAUAGUCAAUAUUGAUAGUAGUACAGAUGGUAUUGAGAACACCAACGGAAAUAUGUUUUGUGAUGUGCCCAAUAAAGAUGUUGAUGUGAUGCAUAUGUAUAGAACACCGCAACCAAUGUGCAGCAUUCUUAGUGGUGAGGUUGACCGUAACACUUUUUCAAAAAUUGGGUGUAAUAACAACAGCUAUUUACAUAUAUCUAAGGUUCCUGAAAGCAACUUCCUAGACAAUUUGCAACCACACUAUGACAAUAUUUUGAGUGAGGCUUCAAGUGCUGAAGAUGAAAGGGAGGAUGAGUUCUGUUGUAAUAAGGAUCUUUUCAGCACACAUUUUGGAAGUUUGUCGACUGCUUUCAAGCGGGAGAUUGGGACAGCAUCAGCAAGAAGUAGCUUUUCUACUCGUUUUUUUGCACGCAGGAGUUCAAUGGCACAAAUGACACUAUUUCAAACCUCUCCCAGAGAUAAAAGUGGUUCACGCACAGAUGGCUCUGAAACAUUGAUUGAUCAGGAUCUUUCUAUUGAUGAUGGAUCUCUGCUUGCUAGAGAAAGCAAUCAUUUAAAGCAGCUUGAGCUGCAGAGUAAAGUUGUUCAUGAAGCGCCAAUCAGUUGUGAUAAUUCUGCAUCUCUUACACUGCCAAGUAGUGAGAGUUCAACAGAGGUUGAAGAUAGACCAAAUUCAAAUGCUGGGAUAUAUGAUGGCAGAGUUUGUGGCAAUGAGAUUCUGGAGCCUAUAAACAUCAAUAAUAAUCUAGGUAAUAAGUUUGAUAAUUCUUUGUUAUGCUCCUCACAUUCUUGUGUGGAUGGUAAGGGAUUGCUAGUGAACUUAGACUUUAAGACCAAAGAUAACACAGAAGUCAUCCUUGAAAAACAAGAUGGUGAAAUGGCUACUAGACAAGAAUCUAAAAUUGCUCAAGAACUUCUUAGUCCCCCUAUUUUGAUUUCUUUAGAAAGGGAGGAAGAUCUAGAUAGAGAUUGCCCUGGUACUAGCUGUGCUAGAUUAGUACCUCAUGAUCGGCCUGCGGAAACUAAUAUUUCACAUGCAAAAAGCAAAGAGUCAAAUGUGAAUCACAUUCUCAUGGAGCUCCAACAGUGUUCAUCACAGAGCCACAAAGGCUCAACUGUUGAUAUUGGGGAUUCUGUAGAAAAUGAUGGCAGUGAAAAUGGUUGUUCAGUACAUCAGCCUGAUAGAUCAGGAAAGAGUGGGAAAGAGACAGUGACUGAAUUGCAAAGGUCUCUACAGGAGUGCAAAGAAGCAUUAAUAAAUCUAUCAGAUGCUGCUGAAAAAGCUUUGAAUAUAUUUAGCGAACUUAGGGGGCAGGACACAUUUGAUGACGAGUCAAUUCAUUUACAAUCUAGUUCAGGCUUACUGGAUUUUGCCAAUGGUAUUAUACAAACAACUGUGGAAAACGUCCACAGGCUUCGUGAUUUAGCCUUACCUGAUCACUUGUAUAAGUCAAGGCAAAACACAUUCUGUAGUUCAAUGGACACCGAGGUUGAGGAAAACACCAGAUUCAGUGUCUGCAAUUUUGUGUUUUCUUUGCAUGCAGGUCACCAGAGUGCAAGGUCCAGAGGGUGUCAGCCUUAUUUAGUCAAUCCAUCAGAAAAGAGUCUAGAUUCUGUUGAUAUUGAAGCUUUGGUUGAGCGCUACUCAGAGCGUCUAUCACAUUCUCUGUCUAGCCAAGUGCUUGCAUUGAUUCAAAAGGGUUUAUCUUCACAAAGUGAAACCUGAAAGUAUUUUCUGGAACAAGAUCGUGGUUUUAAUUUAUUGUAGCAUUGCAUCUGCAAGUUAGUUGAUGAAGUAAACUUGAACAGAAUGCGGAGUCCUUUGGAGCUCUUUUAGGAUUUAAAACCAUUCAAUUUCUUACUAAAACUCUAGCUUGCAGAGACCAAUAUCAGAUUGAUAGUGAAAAAGAGCCUGAAAUUUGGUUGCAAGGCAUUUCUGCCUGAAAUUAAAUGGGCCUAACAGUAUUGGUGUCGAGAUUUGCUUGCCGCAAUGCUGAAUUUUAUUUUUUAAA